UUAAAGUGCAAAUCAGCUUUAGCAGACGACAGUGACGAUGGCAAGCGUCGGCAACACGAUGCUUCGCAACCGACGUAUUGAAGGGAAUGCACAAAAGUCAAGCAGUUUCGACAAGUUAGAUAGAGAAAAUGUGCGAAAAGCCGAAAAGCUGCCGGGACUGGGUGUAUUUCUGAUGGCUGCUGCUUUUUAUAUGUCUAUUUGGCUAUUAGUUUACUGCAGAAGGCGAACAUUUCCUGAACCUUUAGACGAGUUUCAUGCAAAAUCAACAGAUUUUAUGGAGGUACGAGCAAGAGCUCAUCUCGAGAAACUAGCUGAUCUGGGUCCCAAAGUUGCUGGAAGCGCAAGUAAUUUUGCUGCUGAAAACUACAUCCUAAAUGAGGUUAAAAAGAUUAGAUCAGCAGCCCAUCAUGCUCAUGAAGUAGACAUCGACGUUCAAACGGUUAGCGGGAGCUUCGUGUUAGAUUUCGACAGCAUUGGCCUUGGCCAUUACACCAGCGUUUAUGAAAAUCAACACAACAUCGUUGUUAGAUUAAGACCAAGGAUCAGUUCUAACCAUAGUCUUCUGGUUAACUGUCAUUACGAUACAGUAAUUGACAGCCCUGGUGCCAGUGAUGAUGCUGUUAGCUGCUGUCUUAUGCUAGAAACCUUGCAAGUUUUGUCACGUGAGGAGAAGCCACUUGAGCACAACAUUAUUUUUCUUUUUAACAGUGCAGAAGAGAAUAUUCUGCAGACUAGUCAUGGCUUCAUUACACAGCACAAAUGGGCUUCUUCAGUACGUGCCUUUGUCAAUUUGGAUUCUGCUGGGGCUGGUGGCUGGGAGCUCCUUUUUCAGACAGGUCCUGAAAAUCCUUGGCUUAUUGAGACUUACAUAUUAUCAGUUCCAAGACCCUGUGCAUCAGUGUUUGGACAGGAAAUUUUUCAGUUUGGCCUAGUUCCUUCAGACACAGAUUUCCGCAUUUUUCGUGACUUUGGGCACAUUCCAGGUCUAGACAUUGCUAAUAUUCGCAAUGGCUAUGUGUACCACACCAGGAAUGAUUUGCCACACAAUGUUGAACAGGGAUCAAUGCAGAGAGGUGGUGAAAAUCUGCUUGCCUUACUGAAAGCACUGGUGUCUAGCCCCAACUUUGUUGAUCCUGGUGAAUUCCGCCAUGGCAGCCUGGUAUUUUUUGACUUCUUGGGACUAUUUAUGAUUGCCUAUCCUGCAGAACUUGCCACUAUUUUGAACUGUAUCAUCAUUGUUCUAGUUGUAAUCACAAGUUACUGGAGUUGCAAGGAGCAUGGAGAAUCAGUAAGAUGGCCAGUGCACCUUCUGGGUGCGGUAUUGUUGAUUUUAUUAACCUGGACAGUGAUAGUGGUUGUUGCAGUAAUGAUGGGGCUAUUGCUGACAUGGCUAGGGAAGGACAUGUCUUAUUUCAACUAUCAGUUCAACAUCAUUUGGAUUUUUAUAUUUCCUGCCUUGUCAGCUGGCCUCACUCUGCAUAUUAUGUUGAAAGAGUCUUUGUACAGGCAAUGGGAUGGAUGGCAGGCAGCAUCACUGUACCAGCAGGCUAAUCUGUGUGUAUGGGCAGUGAUCCUUGCAAUUUUGACAUACCAAAAGAUCAUGUCUGCCUAUCUCCCUUGUCUUCUCAUGACAGGCCCUCUUCAUUCUUGGAUACUAUCUCGCUGUCUUGGCAAAGACUUUAAAGAGCCCAUAAAUGUGGUGUGUACAGUGCUUGGUGGCAGCGGGCUAGCUGUGACAUAUUUUCUGUACAUCCACCAGGAACUCAUGUCUUUCUUCAUACCAAUCACUGGACGACAGGGCAGUACUGGCAAGCCAGACAUCCCUAUAGCUGUCAUGGCUACACUUCCAGUGACUCUUCUUUUGCCCUUUCAGGUAGGCAUUAUCUAUGUAUCUGAAGGAAUGUGGAGAGUGGUUCGAGGACUACUUUUAUUGACAGCAGUUGGCCUUCUAACAGUCAUAUUCACUCCACUUGGAUUUCCCUAUAGUUCCUCAGGAACAGCACUCCAGCGGCUUUUCUUAGUGCACUCAGACCGCCAGUUUCAUUCCAAAUCAGGGGAGGUCAUUAGUCAUGAUGCACAGCUGUGGUUGGUGCCUCUUGACCACCAAGGCCUAACUCCACUCCUAAAAGAGAAACCACAUCUGUUUAAAAAUUCCUCUCGUACAGAAUGCACGGGAACAUACUGUGGGCGGCCAUUUCUGUACCCCAUGCUGUCUCGAAUGGAUCUCAGCAAAUCAGUGGACUUGCCUGCUCCAUACCUUAAUAUACCUCGGGUGGCUGUUUCUCUGAUCAACACAACUCAUCCUGCACCUCUCACUCACAGAAUGACCUUUGAAAUGAGAGGUCCAGACCAUGUGACCAUAUUUUUUACACCACAUCCUGGUGUCCAUGUCCUUGAAUGGUCAUUUGGCCAUGGUGCACCUGUCACCAUAAAUACACUUCCUGACAUGGAAGGUGAUACGCACUUUAUCUACUACUCCUAUGGCGAGCCUCCCAGCAUCCCAUGGAAUUUCACCAUUGAUUUCCAUGUUUCACCAGGAGCAGGACAAGAUUUUAUUGUUGACAUGGCCUUUGCUGGGCACUAUCUACAUGAGCCGAACCAGUGGACCGAUACGAUGACACGCUGUGCACAGGAGCUACCACACUGGAUUGUCCCUGUAGGCUGGACAGCCACCUUUGAUUCUUUUCAAUUUUGAUCUCUGCAGCUGGUAGGAAAAUGUGAUGAAUGAUAAUUAUUUUUCGUUGGCCCCCACCUGUCUGGAUUUUAGUUCUCCUUCUCAUGCCAUAAAAUGAAAAUAAGUAUAUAAGCUAAUGCGUUAUCCAAAACUAUUCAUGCAUUAUUUGAAAAACAUUUGAGAUAUUUACACUUGUGUAUAAGCAUGCACAUGUAUGAGUGCAAGCAUACAUUUGUGUGCUAGGAUGUGUGGGUGGAUGUUUAUACAUAAUCUCAUUGAUAAGACAGUUUAUAAAUAUGUAAAUCCAGUUGGAUAUAGUAUUGUGCCCUACCUCAACAAGCAAAAAGGGAAGCAGAUAAUCAAAAUUUAAUUCAGCCAUUACUGUUGAAAAGCCAGAUAUUUAUAGUUGCUCUGUGUGCUCACCCAAGCAUAUGCCUGCAUGUGUGCGUUUGUAAAAAGACCAACAUGUACUCAUUUGGACAGAUUUGUGCCUAACUUAUUUAGUUCUUCUGUUUCACAUUGCUUUUUUCUAAACAUCUGCUUUGUACACAAAGAGUAAUUUCAAACUGCACAAUACAAACAAGUGAUUGUCUUGAAUCUGGUCUGCAGUAUUUCAGUACAUGCCAUAUGUUUUUAUAUAUUCUGUUUUUAUCGCUUUUAAUCUAAUAGAAUAACCUAACAGUAAUCAUUUUAUAAACACCACUUUAGCCUACACAUCAGAGUUAAGUGUAAUAAUUUUUUGUAUAUCACACUUAAUUUUACUCAAAAGAGUUUUUGUGCUCUUAGAUUUUUAUUAUAAUAAUAAAGAUAUCAGCAGCUACUUUUUCUUUUCUCAACUGGCUGUGCCUGGUUUGUCACCAUCUAGUCACAGGAGGCAUAGAGAUUUGUUUUUAGGCAUGUGAUCACAUUAAUUGGUUCCUGUAUUGUGCAUAUAAUUUGUUCCAUCCCUUUGUUUCUAAUUUAUUUGUAUUGCCUGGGUUCAAUCAAGAUACUGUAUAUAUGUUUUGCAGUUUAUUUAUUACUGCCAGUUUUUAAAUUAGUAAAUUAUGAAGAUUAACUGGUUAUCUCCAAAAUCCAAGCGAAAAUCAUCUAUCCAAGCCUUCAAAUAUUGUACUUUUCCUCUGAAUUUUUUACAGAGGCCAAGACUUAAUUUCCAGCAACAUCACAAGAGUGGGCUCUCUGAUUUUGCUGUGCAAUACCAGUACAUGCUCAAUGUUCUCCCAUUGGUUGCAGCAUUCAAUAAUGUCAGAAUUUAGGUCAAUUCACAUGCCAUUGAGGGAAAAAUUAUUAUGAAAAUCUAUUAAAUUAUUAAAAAAUUUACAGCAAAGAUUUAUGUGCUAGUGUCAUAAGCUAAUGUCAGCACUAUAUUUUGUAAACCUGCCAGCACCAUUGAGCAUAAUUUUCUGUUUGACUUAAAACCCUAUUACCUUUAGGAAGGAGUUUCACAAACACAAGAGUUUGUUGUUGUUUUGCUUCAUUCCUUGGCAUUAUAUUUUUAAUCAAAAUUGCUUAAACUGUUGAACUGACAAUUUAAGAUAAAUGUUAUACUUACAGCCUUAUUUUAUACAGUAAUUUUUAAACCAGUAUGUAUCGUGUAUGGUGUUACUUCUGUAUAAUUUCUUGAAGGAUCUCUGACUUCUGUGUACUCACAUUAAUCACAUCUCAUCAUUCAUAUGCAAACUAAUCUGACAUUCCAUGACCUGUUUUGUUUUUUUCUGAAUGCAUAGGGAAAUAAAUAUCUUAUUUUUCUCUCUGCCUCAAAGUAACAAUUUUUAAGCAUUUGCAUAUGAAAACACACACAGUCAGCACUCAUUUACAAGCAUAAUCUCCUGUUACACAUAAAAAUGUUUUUUUAUUGCUUUUACAAUCUAUAUGACGAACCUAACAAGUGUUUUCAUUGAAAUCAUACAUCAUCAAACAUAGAUAUUUGUACAACUUUAUAUACAUGAAAACAAUAGAAAUACCAAAUGGUACCAAAAUGACCCAGUAUGAAACUAGGUGGCACUACUGUUCAAAAGCCCUCUGAAAAAAAAUGCUUUUUCUAACUAUUCACUCACCAAAAAAGGUUUAAAAAGCUCACCUUUACCUUACUUUACACACAAAGAAAAAAUAUGUAUACUUACUACACACUGAAAGUUCUGGAUAGCACAUCAACAAAACUUAUAAGCAUCAGUUUCAAUGGAACAUUUUGAUGGAAAUAGCAUUAAUUAUAUAAUUACUAUGCAUGAAUGUAAAUUUUAGAGGUGAUUUAAAUGCUUCUGUGGCAAAACUAUGUUAUUUUUUAUAUUUAUAAACUUUUCAUAGAUGUGUGCUGAUUAAAUUUUGCCCCAAAA